UCUAACCUAAAACCUUGAUGUCUAAACAUAACCUAUUCCAACUUGAACGCGAUCGAAGCAUCGCUUGAUUUAUGCCUCGCGUCAUUGCAUAAAUGAUUAUUCAAGAAAGAUGCUGAGGCGUAAGUUGCUGAAAGAAACAUGGUGCAAGUUUCGUCAACGAUCGCUGAAUACAGAGAGUCACGUAAAACAUUCCGAGAAAAAUGAAGUCGACCUUUCGAGGGUGCGAAACAUCGGGAUCCUGGCGCACAUCGAUGCCGGAAAGACAACGACGACCGAGCGGAUGCUCUUCUACUCUGGAACGAUCGGUAACAUGGGUGAGGUUCAUCACGGUAACACGGUGACGGAUUACAUGGACCAGGAACGUGAGCGAGGCAUAACGAUAACGUCUGCGGCGGUGACCUUCGGCUGGAAGGAUCACAGAUUCAACCUCAUCGACACCCCGGGUCACAUUGACUUCACGAUGGAGGUGGAGCAGAGCCUCAGUGUCAUGGACGGUGCGGUGGUGGUGCUGGAUGGUUCGGCGGGCGUCGAGGCGCAAACUUUGACCGUCUGGAGGCAGGCGGACCGCUACGCGUUGCCGAGGAUAAUCUACGCCAACAAGAUGGAUCGCUUGGACGCAAACUUCGACUACUGCAUCAGUUCCGUUGAGUCCAAGCUGGAGGUGACGGCUCUUCCCGCCCAAAUUCCUAUCCAGGACAGCUCCGGUCUGACGGGCAUCGUCGACGUGCUGACGACGCAGUUGCUGACCUUCGAAAAACAGAACGAAGGCAAGAAGUAUCAGAGGGUCGAAUUAACGGAGGAGAAAGAUGGCAGUAUAUGGGAACGCGCCAUGGCGGCGAGAUCCAGACUUACCGAUAAAUUGUCGGGCGUGGAUGACAGACUGGCCGAAUUGGUGAUCGAGCAGGAAUCGCUGGACAAAAUACCGGCCCAGAUAUUGAUGGAAUCUAUGAGGAGGUGCACGAUAGCUGGCACAGGAGUUCCGCUGCUGCUCGGAAGUUCCUACAAGAACGUCGGGGUUCAGCUGCUGAUGGACGGAGUGAUACUGUAUCUCCCAUCGCCGGAGUCAAAUUCCGCAGUAAAACAGUUUCGCUGUUUUGGCGAGAACCUGGCCGCCAGGGCGUUUAAGGUGGUCCACGACAAGCAUAAAGGGGCGCUUACUUUCCUCAGGAUUUACUCGGGCGCCUUCAAGCAGGGUCAAAGGGUCUUCAAUGUUCAGAAGGAGAAUACAGAGCAGUGCGGGAAGUUGUACGAGGCUCACGCGGACGAGUACAGCGAAAUCGCGACGUUACAGCGUGGAAACAUCGCCGCUGUUUCCGGUCUGAAGCUCACCACAGCCGGAGACUUGCUCACGACCAGCGCGGUCGCAGCUAAUCAGGCCAAAAAAGCAAUGCAAAAGCAGCAAAACGCGACCGACGAGGACGUCCAGAGUCUCUUUGGAACCGGUGCCAGGGUACCGAACCCUGUGUUCUUCUGCUCGAUCGAACCCCCUUCGAUCUCUUAUCAAGUUCCCCUUGACAUCGCUUUGGAGAAACUUCAGAGGGAGGAUCCCAGCUUGAGAGUAACCCAAGACGCCGAGACGGGACAGACGGUGCUAUCGGGCAUGGGGGAAUUGCAUCUGGAGAUUAUCGCUGAAAGGAUAAGAUCAGAGUUCAAGAUAGACGUUGACCUGGGACCCUUGCAGAUAGCCUACAAGGAAACCCUGCAGACCGCGGUGAAGGAUACUCACGUGACAAGCCACAGGAUCGGCUCGACCAAUCACAGCGUACAGACGACGAUGAGUAUCGAGCCGAACUACAAGGGCGCGGAUAUCCUGAAGCUGGACAAAAGUCCUGACUGCGUUGCACACACCAGCGCAAUAAGUCUCAGGACAUUGCAGCACGUGAAGAGAGGGGUAAACGCGGCUUUGAACAUCGGACCAAAACUUAGCUGUCCUGUCAUUAACGUCGGAGUAACUCUUCAUUGGCUUGAGAUAGGGAAAGGAACUUCGAGUACCAUGGUGUCUGCAACGAUCACGCAGUGCGUACAGAAGCUCCUGCGAACAGGAGGAACGUCGCUUCUGGAGCCAAUAAUGCAGCUCGAAGUAGUGACAUCUGAAGAGACGGUAUCCCUCGUCAUAUCAGACCUGUCUAGACGCAGAGCACAAAUACAACAGAUCGGAUCUCGUGGUCGAAGCAAGAUCGUCUACGCCCUGACACCUUUGUCAGAAUUGCUUGGAUACUCGAGGCACCUGAGAACAUUAACGUCAGGCGCAGGAUCAUUUUCCAUAGAAUUUAAUCAUUACAAAGAGAUGGGAGCGCUCGAGGAACGCCAGGCAAUAGAACGUGUUACGGGAUUUGCAUACUAAUAAUGAGUAGUUCAAAUAAAUUAAUUUCGUAUAAAUAGUAACUUAUGCAACAUACGUGA